AUGGAAGAUGAACUUUUCAUACAAAUUCUGGAGUGCCUGAAUCUGACUGUAGAUGAGAAGAAGGAAUCAAAACACAGCCCAAGCACCCUACGCAACUUUGGUCUCUGUGCUACAGGCAAGAAGGGCUGUGUGCUCCAUUCUGCUGCUAGGCAGGGACAGGGAGACCUGCAGACUGUAGUCAUGACUCAGGAACAUCCAGCGGUCAUCAUGGUGGAUGCCAACAGUGACUCGGAGGAAAUGUCCAGUCUCUCGGAGGCAGUGAUAUCGUUCAGGGAUAGUCCUGACAUGCUUUCUCUGGGUUCUGUAGAAGAAGUUAGUCCCUCAACCAUGCCAAGGUCAAACAGAGCUGUAUCACUGGGAGACUCUAGCUCUGAUCAUGUGAUUUCUGUAAGUUCCAUAGAAGAAUUCAACACUCCCAAGUCAAGCAAAGAAAUUUGCAUAUGCUGUGGAGGACUUGAGAUUCAUACUAAUCAUCCUUUAUUUCAUGGAGGAAUAUGUGCUCCAUGCACAGAAAAGUUUUUGGAGAGAUUCUUCCUCUGUGAUGAUGACGGCUCCCAGGCUGACUGUACAAUCUGCUGCUGGGGCAAAUCUCUAAUUAUUUGUGAUGACCCCAAAUGUCACAGGUGUUUUUGUGAAGAAUGUGUGGACACCCUUGUGCAUCCUGGGAGUUCAGAGGAAAUCAAACAAACAAAUCCCUGGAUAUGCUUCAUGUGUGUGCCAUGGGAUAUAAAUGGAUUACUAAAGAGGAAGACAAAAUGGCGUGCAGAACUGAAGCGCUUCUAUGAUCAGGAGUCUAACGCUGAUUGGAUCUAUCCACUAUUGUCCCCAUGGGAGAGAAAACCAAUCCACGUGCUCUCCCUCUUUGACGAUAUCACACCAGAACUGAGAAGCUUUGGGUUUCUUGGGGAAAGCAUGGGCAAUGGUCGACUGAAGUUUUUGGAUGAUGUCACAGAUGUAAUACGGACACAUAUAGAAGAUUGGGGGCCCUACGAUUUUAUUUUUGGUUCAACUCCUCCAGUUGCAAAGUCCUAUCAACAUCCUUCUGCUUGGUACUUUUACCAGUACUUUCGUAUACUUCAGUAUGGGAGACCCACAGAAAGAAGCAACAAGCCAUUUUUCUGGCUGUUUUUAGACAACAUCGUUCUUGACGAAGAGGACAGAGAUACAGCUUCUCGGUUUUUUCAGGUGGAAGCAGUGCUCAAAUAUAAGCAACAUGGAGACAUCAUCAAGAAUGCAGUACACAUCUGGAGCAAUAUCCCAUCUGUUAACAGCAAAUAUUCUGCUUCAUCCUUGUACAUGGAUUCAUCUCUGUUGGCAAAGACCAUCCUGGCCAAGGUCGGAGGGGCGCGAAGCGACGCGCAGGCUUCCAAGCCGGGCCCUGACCUCCCGGCCUCCGUGCUGGCCUUAGCAGGCACCCGCAGGCGGCGCGUCCUUUCACGGGCUCCGUCAUCCCGAGCGUUUGGCGGCGUUUUCGUCACGGUGUGGAGGAGAAAUUUCUUCGGAGGCCGCCCGCCCCCUUCCUUCCUCUUCUGCAAGCGGAGGCCAGAGGUCUCCGCGGUCGGUUCGCGUCGUGAGCCGCGGGGUGGGGACUCCGAAGGGAAGCCGCGCUGCCUCCGAGCCUGGACUGAGCCUCACGGCCAGCAGCCAGCCACGCUCCUGGGGAGGCGUGGCGAGCCGAGCCGCCGUCAGGUGUAG